UUGCAAUGUACAAAGGAUGAUCAUAUUUCCCGGCUCCAAAUUCGGGACAAGUUGGAGAUUUGGUUGAAUUCGUGUUGUGCAUUGUUGAAAAAGAGCUUUGUGCUGAGCAAAUUCUUGCAAAGAGAAUCAUCCAUAGAUGAUAUAAGGGAAAGCGUUGAUGAAGCAGUCAAACUGUCGAUGGCGUUCACAGAUAUUCAACAAAAAUGACUUUGGAACUCUUGGAACAAAGAGAUUGGAAAUUCUUAUGUUUAGUCCUAUACAAAUAAAACAUGAAUGCAUAAAUGUAGAAGAUGUAAAUACCAAUAGAAUCAGGACUUCAGAUAAUUCCAUAUACCCUUUUAUCAAUCAAGAUGUUGAAUAUAAACACCGCCAGUUAUCUCAAUUUUGGGAGCAAGCACAGUUAUCGAAUGAGAUGUCUGCGAAAAAUGAAAUUCAUGAUCAACAGGCUAUGUUCCAGGCAGAAGAUACAGGGAGUUUACCGUAUAUGAAGGAUUAUGCACAAAAUAGUAUAUUCUAUCAAGUUAAUCAAGAAGAUGGCAACAAUCAAAUACAGACAAAUCAAUGCCAUCAAGGUACAAACAGUGUUAUCAUAGUACAAGAGAAUAAACAAUCACAGCUAUCACAAGAUCUGCAAAAUAUAGGAAAUAUUAAUCAAACUUUCACAGCACAACCACCAAUCAUUGUAAAAAACAAUCGUCUUGGGAGACCAUCAAAAAGUUCUAUGGAGUCUACUAUGGGAAAAAAAACAAAAUGUCAAUGUGAGAUUUGCUUUAAAGAGUUUGGACACAAGAGCAAUUUAUUUAUACAUAUGAGAACUCAUAAUGGAGAACGGCCAUAUAAAUGUAAUCAAUGUGAAAAGUGUUUUACGCAUAGUGGAAAUUUGGCUAUUCAUAUGAGAACACAUUCUGGUGAACGACCAUAUGGUUGCCAGAUAUGUGGAAAAAUGUUUAGUCAUAGUGGCAAUCUCUCUACUCAUUUGAGAACUCAUUCAGGUGUGAAACCUUACAAAUGUAGCGUGUGUGGUAAAGAGUUUAGGCAUAGUGGCAACUUAUCAAUACAUGAGAGGAUACAUUCCGGAAUUAAACCAUUUCAAUGUAAAAUCUGUGGGAAGGAAUUUUAUCAUAGCGGUAAUUUGACAACUCAUAUGAAGAAACAUCCUGUAAAUACAAACACAAAUGCAAUCGACUGUGAAAAUGAUCAAAAGCAUAUAUUACAUUCUGAGAUAGAUGCUAACAAUACUGCUUCUUCAAAUUAUUUUAAUAAUGUAUCUUUAAUGCUCAAUGAUGACAUUAAAUCUAUACAUAAUACUAAUAAUAUGGUUCCUAUAAAAAAUGAAAGUACAGAUGAUACUGUAUUAAACACUGUAGGAUGAUUAACUUCUAGUUAAAGUUAUGUAAGAUUAAUAUUAUUAUUAUUACAUAAGUGUAUAAUUUAAAUCAUAUAAUUUGUUACAAACUAAUAUAUUAGUAACUAGUCAAGAUAUUUGAAAAAUUUUCGGUUUUGAUGAGAAAAAAAUUUGUGAUGUUUGUAAUAUAUAACUUUAAAAAAAAAAAGUGAAUUUUUUAGGAUUAGGUAGAUUAGGAUGAUAAGAUUAUUUCGAACUUUUUAUUACACAAUAUGUUUAAUAAUAAUGUAUAUCAAAAAAUUAAGUAGAAAGAAUUUUUUAUUCUUAAUAUUUUGACUAACAGAUCUUGAUUUGUAACAGAUUACAUGAUUCAUCCAGCAUAUUAAGAAAUUUUAAGAUUAUAAAAUCUGUAUAGCAUUUUUUUUAAUGCUGCAAUACUUGUAAAUGAGUAAUUUUUUACUGAAAAAGGCUACAAAUCGCCUUUAUUUCUACACUUUGUGUAGUUAUAUAAUGAUCUUCCUACAUUGCGUCUUAAAUGUAACAUUAUUAUAUUUGUAAUAUAAAAAUUCGCUUUGUGAAAAUUUUAUACUUGUUUAUAUAAUAGAUCAAUGGAAUAUGAUUUUAUAAUCUGUGAUCUUUUUCAGUUAUUAAGAGAGGAUUUGACAAGAUGACAAAAACUUUAUUUUAUAAAAAAAUUUUAUUUAUAUAAAUUAUUAACAUGUUUCAUAUUUUUCUUGUUUAAUUAUAUAUUUAUACAAGUACUUUAUAA